AUGGAUUCUGUUCAAUUUGAUGCUCGUUCCAACGGGAAUGAGACUGCGAGUGGCUCUUCUACGUUUUUAGAUGCUACAAAAGAUGUACAGGCUGACGAUACAGACUAUGCCUUAACAGAACUUAAACUAGAUAAAGGUGAAAAUAUCAAAUGUUUUAUACGAGGAGAACCUGCACCGGACUUGCACGAAAAGGAUUUACUUGCACGGCCAGGCUGUGGGCUGUCUAGCGAGCAGGCAUUAGAAAAAUUAAUAGGCGCGGCUAAUCGAAUCCUAUCAGAACAUCAAGAACAAUUACCCAAAAUAAAUUAUACGCGUGAAUUCUUAACUCGACCUGAUUCCUUGUUGACCAUCUUCUCCUUUCUUUUACUGAUUGCGUUUUUCGUAUAUGGAACAUUGAACAGUAGUCCAUAUCAAUUUCGAUUGAAUUCGAUACUUGUCGAAGCGGUGCUCAUUUUUGCCGCGUUGAUAUGGAACAGUAUUCUUUACGCAAGAGAGAUGCGAUUAACAAGCACCGAGAUCAGCGUUCGUGCCAAAAAUAUAUUGGAGCAAUUGAAAAAGAGUGUAGUUCGGGAUGGCUUUUUGCGAGAUUUCCCGACCUCUUUAUUGGUGGAAGGUGAUACCAUUGAAAUGAUGUACGGGGAUAGUGCACCCUGCACCAUGAAAUAUGUAGGAUCGCCAUUUGAUAAUGGUUCAUCUUCACUGGACCCUUCCUCGGAAUACAUUAUUGAAGCAAAUCAGGUGUUCAAUCCGUCGCUUUUUGGUAGUUUUUCGGACGCAGUUUUAGAACAUCAUAUCAAAAUUCGAGGCAGAUACCAGUUCAUUUCCUUGCAAACUCCUUGGGUGGAUAGUCUACGUGACGCGUUAAAGCAAAAGAGGCCAGCCACUGUAAUUCGAAAACAAGCCGAGGUGCUCGAAAAAUUUUUUCUAAGAAAAGUUAUUUCUCUUGUACUUGUCGCUGUGAUAGUAGUCAAUUUAUUGAGAUAUAUAAUAAAAGAUAUUUUGGGAAAUAAUGGGAAUGUUAAACAAGGAUUCGAGCUGUUUACUCUUCUUCCUGUGUAUGCUAUCCUACCGAUCCUUCCGAUCUCUUUUCCCACUUUGUGGCUGAUAAUCCGAUGUUUCGGGAAUGCAACUAUACUUGUCUUGUCUGAAGCGUUACAAACUUCCAAAACUGAAUAUGAAGACGAUGAAGAAGUAGACGAGUUUGAUGCGGGUGCGCCCCCGCCUACGAAGAAUAUUCACUUGAAUGGGGCCGUCGUUUUGAAUAAAUUUCUUUAUCUUCUCACCAAAUGGGAUCAAGCUUCAUUAACUCGCUCCACUAAUCUUUUCGAAUCGCUCGGUGGCACUACUGUCAUAUGUUCAAUUGAUCGGGAAGGUACUAUAUCGUCGCCAUUUCCAUCUGUCGAACACAUUCUUUUUCCUCGUCACGGAGGAGAGACCACCUUCCUCGAUGUUUCUGAAAAUCCGAAUAGACAUUUUUCUGUUCAGUUUGAAGAUCAAGAUUGGGAACAAUACUUAUCCUGCCUAAAACCGGUCGGACUUAAUUUAUUAUUAAACACCAAUUGCGGUGUAUUACAAGGUAAAAAACAUAAUGAUCAACAUCGAAAAUAUUCCAGCAUCAAUAUACACGCAAAAACCAAGCCAGCGCGUCAAGCAUGUCUAUGUAGAUUGGGAAAAGAAAUUGGAUUUACCAAUGAUGCACUUCAAGCAUUUGUACGACGUAAAGAAAUUUAUACUUUUGCACCAUGCCAUCCAUCGUUAAAAGGUCACAUUAGAAAUGAUCAAUGGGAAGUGCCAAGCAUGGUAUCUUCGAUAUAUGAAGAAACAGGAUUAGGUACUUAUCAAUUAUUGUCGGAUGGACAUGUCGAAAUUAUACUUGACAAUUGUUCAGAUUAUUGGGAUGGAGAAAGCCUUCAACCUAUGACUGAAGGACUAGAGAAAAAGAUCUACGAUUUUUACGAAAAUGCCAUCAUCAAUGAUAUGCAAUGUAUAGCGUAUGCAUAUCGGCCGAUCAAUGUAGAAAACAAGAUCCCUUUCCUAAAUUAUAAUUGCGUGAAUGAUCCUGCAGCAGCCACACAUAUUGUUCUACCACCAACUAGUGACGAAAAAGCGCCCGAUGAUUCAUACUUGACUGAGCACGACAUCACAUUGUCACAGUGGAUUAGAUAUAAACGCUUAAAAGCAGGGCAAUUAGAGGGAUUGCAUGAUUUUAUAUUUGAAGAAGGCCGGGAAUUUCCACAAGACCAGAUUGAGAAAUUUUAUAGGGAUGUGACAAAAGGGCAGAUUUUCUUGAGUAUGGUUACUUUAUGCCAUCAACCAAAAGUGGAUGUAUGUAAUUUUAUUGAAGAUUUGAGUGGUGCGGGUAUUCGGUUCGUCUACUUUUCACCAACUGCUGAACGAGAAAGUAAAGCAUAUGCUGAGCGAUUAGGACUGGAAACUGAUUGGAAUAGUUGUAUAUUAUUAUCAUCUCCCGGUGACUUAAAUUCUAGUUAUCGUCAAAUGCACGAUAUCAAAGCUCGCCUUCCCGUCGGAAUUCAAAACAUAAGAAAUCACUUGGAAGAGGUAGACGAUAUUCCAUUACACGUGUCUUUAUUCGCAGAAUGCACACCAGACUCUACAUACGAGAUGAUUAAGAUCUUUCAAGAGUAUGGAGAGGUAGUCUGUUGUCUUGGCAGUGCCUUAAAAUCUAGCAAUGCUCGCAUUUUUGCAUUGGCAGAUGUGGGUAUUGCUAUGGAGCCAACCCAUACUCAAGCUCAAACACAUAAUGGAUUGUGUUGCCUCCAGGGCGAUAAAGGACAAUUACCUUUGGCUCUUGGCGCCUCCCUAACCACUUUACCAUGUGGACUUUUUAUGCGAUACGACACGAGCCUUUAUGCUUUGGCUGACCUCAUAAGAGAAGCAAGGCGAUUGACCAACUGUCUUAGAAUGGGCGCGGCUUUUAUGAUUGGAAGCUACUUAUCAAUAACAACACUGCUGUUCCUUUCUUGCGUUCUUUUUUUACCUCCAAUUUUCACUGGUUAUCAAAUAUUAUGGGUUCUUUGGGUGAUUUCGCCGCUUUUGGCUUUUUCUUUUUUCUUUAAUCCACAUGAAGCUGAUACGAUGACUACGAUGCCAGUGAAAAAUGUUGAUCAUCUUAGUGAUUUGGCUCGUUUUAUUGCAUACUUUUUUCUGAGAUUUUCGUUACCGAUGAUAAUGUGUUUGACGGUGUUCAUAUUAUCUUUAAGCUACUUUGAUGAUAAUGGUGCUGGUUCAUUCAUUUUUGGAUCCUUUGGCAAUGAGGUGUGGCUUAAUUGGAGCAAAAAGCAGCAAUGGGAGGUUUUAUAUGCACAGAAUUGUGCGUUGUUUAUUUUCGUGUGGUAUUUAGCCUGUUUAUCUCCAACUUUUUUACACCGUACUCUUUCAUUGAGAGAUUUCGUACCAUAUCAUAAUCAUGUCUGGUAUAACAUUACAAAUAAUCUUCACAUCAAUUUCCAUAUCCACUGGGCCACGUCUAUCGGCAUCCACGCAUUCGCUUGGUCGACUGCCAUUAUUCUUGUAUCUAAUCUCAUUGCUGUGGCCGAUAAUUUUCGUACCGGUGCAAGAGGUGGCUGGCAACAGGUAACGGAAAUCUUACGAAGGGAUUCGGGUGUAACCCAACACGUUUUUGAUAAGGCUCCCGCGCAACAUAAACUCUCGAUGGCAAAGCAAAGCCAGGCAACUACAAAGCAUAGGGGAAUGCUAUCAGAUCUUUCCCAAUAUCUGCAUAAACCUGCCGGUGGCCAGGCAAAGCCAAGGGAUAUAGUAGGAUCUCAGUAA